CCAAACGAACGCACGCAAGCGGACUUCCUGUGUGACAUUAGUAGGUUUGCGCAUGCAGUAUUUUUCAUAAAGUCAGACGGAAAGAUGCUUAGACUAUCUCGCUGUGUAUCAUAAUUUCUGAGUGUGGGCAUAAAGGAAUAUUCCCUCCACUAAGUUAAUUGUGGUCUUGUGGAAGAAGACGUGACGUAUUAGUAUCCUUUGAGCAAACAACAGUGACUCGCGCUGACAGCACGCUCCUCACACGUGAGAUGUGAAACAUGGAUCAUCCAGCGUAUCAUGGGCCGAUAAGCAAACAGAGAUGCGAGGAGCUGCUCGGCAAGAAAGGACGGGACGGGACAUACCUCAUUCGGGACAGCGAGACCAUCCAAGGAGCUCUCUGCCUCUGUGUGUACAAAAAAAAAGUGGUCUAUACUUAUAGGAUCCUCCAAACCCACACCGGAAACUUCACUCUACAGGCCAGCACAGGUGUAGAGGAGAAGUUUUUCAAGACGUUGAAGGAACUUAUUCGCCAUUACAAGAAAAAAAAUCAAGGACUUGCAACACACUUAUGCCGUUCGCUGAAAAGAAAAACGCUGCCAGAUCAGCCUUUGCAACGUGCAGAACCGGUAGUGCCUAAUGAGGACAAUGACUAUGAAAAUGUUGAUUGCUCGGGGGACUAUGUUGUUGUAUUACCGGACUGAUAUAGUCACAUUGUGACGUUCUGACUGGAUAACUGGAUCAGACAAUAUGAACAAUAUAGAUGUGCUAUUACAAUUUCCAAGAACUUUCUGGGCAUUUUCACCACAAAUAUAGGAAUUGCAUGUGGAAUCCCAUGACUUGAAUUACAUUUUAUCAUAGGUAUGUUUUUGUGCAUGGAAAAUGCAUAAAUUGGGGAUGUAAAUUUUAAUGCUGUAAUGGUGUGAAUUUUAUGGAAGCCUGUUUCUGCUAUGGAUAGGAUAGGAUUUUGGUAUCAUUCGUUCAAUUAUGGUAUCAUAAUCAUUUAAGUGAAAUGCUGAAUUGAAAAAUUAAUUUGCCAUUCAGAAUGUGUUAGUGUUUGGUAUUGCUUUAAUGAAAAAAGAUUUAAUGUACAGAGGAUUUCACAUGGUCAGUGUCACAUGUUUGAUUUAGUGUCCUAGAAAUAGUCCAAAAUAUUAAAUAUUGUUGAUUUAUUUUACAACAGUCUAGAUGUUCUAAAACUUGGUUUUUAGAUUUUUAAUGUGGCCUCAGACUUUUAAAAUCCAUUGUUUGUCAUUGACCAAUAAAGUCUGGUUGAAAUUGUAAUACUAAUCUGGAUAGGAGAAAAAUAUUAGGUUUGUAUUUUAUGCUUGAUGUUAACUCAAGGACAAGAAGAGAUUUUUGAUUGUAUAUAUAUGUUGUUGUUGUUUGUUUUUGGUAAAAAAAUGUAUAUCUGUAUAUUGUAUGUACAGUUUAUAAAUAUAAUCUAAUUUUGUGUCAAACAGAGUAUAAUAACGUAUGCUGUGUAAACAUUAUGUUCCAUGAAUGUGCUUCCUUCAGGUUGUAAGGGAAAGUCGUGGCCUAGUGGUUAGAGAGUUUGACUCCUAACCCUAAGGUUGUGGGUUCGAGUCUCGGGCCGGCAAUACCACGAUUGAGGUGCCCUUGAGCAAGGCACCGAACCCCCAACUGUUCC